GAGCCAUUUUAAGAAGUCACCGCCACAUGCAAUUCAUCCCAGGAACAAUUGCCUGUUGUAUUAAUAAUUAAUAUUAGUGUUAAGAUUUCUAAAAUGUUUUCUCGACUUUUAAGUCUAAAUAGAUUUAAAUAUAAAUAUCAUUUUUUUAUAAACUUAUUUAAAUUCUAGAUUUUCGGAUUAAUAUCAAAAAUUCAAAUGAGAUAUAUUUAUCCAUAUAGCGUCUAGAUUAGGCCUACUGUUAAGUUUAUAUAAUUAAAAAAUCUGAACAACCACAACAAUAAAAUGUCCUAUGAAAUAAGCAGCACAGCCCGCAGCACAGCAUGCUUUCAAUUUCAGCAUGAACACACAGUUUCACACAAACAUUAACACAGCAAGGCCCCUUUUAGUACAGACAUUAAACAGUGGUUAUUGUAUCUGGUAAGCCUUGUUUAUAGAACUAUGUGUAUGACUAUAUUAUGAAUGUAAUUGGCUUGCAUACAUGGGUUCAUGGCACAUGUCAUGAGCAUGCAGCGAGUAUCCGAGUAGCAAGACUUCAAAAGCAAGAGGAUGUUGUGACGCCAGGAGUGUCAUUAGUCUUAGAUUGGAUUAAUUUAGCUGUCCCUAAUUUUAUGAAAUCUGCAAUGCAAAGAUAUCACUAGCAGCCUACAUCUAGAAAAUAAACAAUAUGAAAUGGAUAGAAAAUACCACCUCAAAAUUAAAAUAAGUGCCACCCUUGGUCUUGGUGGACCAUUUUAGGCCCUGCUCCGCCCCCUUCUUAUAUGCCAUUAUAUGCCCAUGCAUAUGAUAUGACAUCUAAAAAAUGGAAAAUUGUUGACAAUGAAUGAUCUGAUUGACACUAUUGUAAUUGUUUAAUUAAACAUAUUGACUCUUACUCACUACUGAGAGUGUGACAAACCUGAUCCAUGGUGGAAUAGUUAGUAAGAAGCACCCUACAGUACAACUAAAAUUAGAGGAAAACUCUCCCUGAGAGAGAGGAUGAAUCAGAAGAUGACUGUAGACUUGAGUAGACAACUCUUUUCUGUCAUACUACAUACCAGAUGCCAACCAGCGGGAUCAAAAUCAAUUCAACCCUUUCACAAAUAAAAACUGGUACCAAAAAAUGAAAAGUUGAAAUAAUUUUAGUAAUAUUAAUGAAUAGGCCUAGGUCAUGAUUGAGUAUAAUACUUUCUAAGGCCUGGCCUAUCAUUUAUAAUCUUUCAUCAUCAUCAUCAAUGGCACUACAGCCCAUGUAGGGCCCUGGUCUGCUCCACCACAUCCUUUCCAUUCGGAGCGAUCCAUGGCUUUCCGUCUCCAUGCUCGAACCCCCAACUGGUGUAAAUCUGUCUCCACAUCAUCAAUCCACCUCAUCCUUGGGCAACCGAUGAGUCAUCUGCCCCUAGGCUCUAGGCUUCUGCCUGUAUAUAAUUUUGGCUGCUCUGCAUUCCGGCAUCCUUUCAACAUGACCUGACCAGCGUAUUCUGCCUUUUUUUAUCAUUGUAUUUAUAAUCUUUAUGUUUAUUAUUUUAAAUUCACAAAAUUUGUUGUUUGAGAUCAUUUGUGCCUUGUUGUGCUUUUUGUCUGUUUUAACACCUAGAUACUCUAAUAUAUAAAUCAAAGAGCAUAGCAGUCUUGUAAUGAACACCACUACAUCCCAAUUGUUCAUGACGAGUCAGGACCAGAUUCCUCCUCUGUAACACCCAUUCUGUUUCUGUGACACUUUUCGCAUCCAUAUUCCAUAUUUGGAAUUUACCUCAUAAAUAGCCUACCAGUCCCAUAGUAUAGAUCACCUUCAAUGGACUAUUGGGAUUCAAACUUCAAUAUGACCAACUUUGAAUUUUUUGUAAGAAAUAAACAAAUGCAAUGGUCCAAUUAUUACCUUCACCAUUUUUUUAAUAUUUGCAAUUUUUGUAUGUUCUAAAUCCAUUGAAAAUCUGCACAAAGUAGUGUAUUGUCAUACUAUUUUGAAAACAAAAAAAAUCCUAUGCCUAUACAAAGUAAGGGUAAAACAUAUCAUUUGUAUGAUACAUGCCAGUUUAUUUUACUAUGCUGACAAAGCAGCAGUUCAGCUUAAUCAGUUUUCUCUGGGGUCCUGUCCAAGAACUCAAAGGUCUUCCUGGUCCUGAUGGCUAGCACUAAUGGCUAAUGGUCUCUUAAAUUUAACAUGGCCUUAAUGCGUUUGUAAAAGUUGAAAACAUAUUUUUUUAAAGACUACAAAGCCACUCUUACUUUGGUACUUUAAAAAGGUAUAGCCGAGUUCAUUGUUUUAAAAUAUUAGUAUUCUGUUUACACAUAACAUUCCACCUCAUUAUGCACUGAUUUAUUUUGUUUUAUUUUAACAGCCAAAAGGAUUUAAAGCCAGCUGAGAGAUACCAAAUUUGAUCAUGAGGUAAAUAUGGCUUUUAAAUUUUAGUCUAGCCCUCCUUUUUAAAAUGAUUAUAAAACAAUUACUUAAGUACUAGACACUAGCAUAUUUCAAAGUAAUGGUCAUUGCAUUUUUGGAGUCCCAGGUUUUUGUCGCAAUAGAGUCUUAAGGGGGAAGGGUUUGGGUGUUAAAAAUCUAUUGUGAUGCUGUUGCCAAAUUUAUUUUCUUAUAGCUAUAACUAAUUUUAUAUUAUUUAUAAACAUCUAAACUAAUAGUAUAAUACAUGUUAUAUUUAUUGAGGAUUGAAAAAAAAAUGGGAUUUGUAUUAUAUACUUAUACAAUGCAUAAUACUAAAGGUAUUGAUAAUAGGCACAGGUAUUUGAGAAAUUGUGCUAGUUAUUUUCACAAGUAAACACGCUAGAUAUCACUCUAAUAGUAUCCAUGAUAUGUUCAACUUGCACAUGACAUAUUUUUUUAAACUAAGACAGUUCAUAAAAUAUUUUGAUUCCUGGUCAUUAUGAAGAAACCACAGGGAAGGGCAGUUCCUAGAAAAAAUCAGCACCCAUGCCAAACCCUGAAAAGGGCAUCCCUCAAUUUAGAUAAACGUGCCGCCCGAGUGGCAAAAUAUUCUAAAAAGAUGAUUUUUGGUGCCCCUUUUGAAGUGCAUUGCAUUUUAUAGUUUAAUUCACUUUUAAAGUCUUUUCUAAAGAUACUUUAUCCCUCCCCACCCCACCCUUCUCCCCCAAUGAUGGUGUCAGGGGCGAGUGCUCCCUUUUCCAACAUCUGACCAUGGUGAUUCUGCACAUAUUUUGGGAACCACAUGGCUUGUGAAGCAGUCAGUGUUGGAAUACUUGGACACAUUUAUUUUAUUGUGACGUCAUAAUUGUUUAUAGAUAAUUUGAUUUUUUUUUUUGGGGGGGGGGGUAUUGUACAUACGCAUGGGCAGUGUCCAGGGGGGGGGGGUUAAAACUUUUGCAAGUUUAGUAUAUGAUAUGCAUAGCCCCUUAAAAAUUCAACACAUGUAAAUUGUUGAUAACUUGUCACUGUUUUUUUUUUUUUUGUCGUUAUUAUUGUUUAUAGAUAAUUUGAUUUUUUUUUUUGGGGGGGGGGGUAUUGUACAUACGCAUGGGCAGUGUCCAGGGGAGAGAGGUUAAAACUUUUGCAAGUUUAGUAUAUGAUAUGCAUAGCCCCUUAAAAAUUCAACACAUGUAAAUUGUUGAUAACUUGUCACUGAUUGCUCUUGAGGUACUUUUUGUUAUAGUCUUUGUGUUUUUCCUACAGUUAUAAAAUCCCUGAUAACUUUGAAGAAGAUGAUGUAUCUAAUCUAAAACUUUCAGAAGAUGAUGAAAUUUACCUGAUUAGGGUCCCCAAAGGAGUAAGUAUUAAGUUAAUGACUUUUAAUUUUACAUAAUCUAUGACAACCAAUUCCACAACAAAAGCAGAUCAUGAAAUUGUUUAUUAUGAUGGCACUUUCAGUAAAACUUAAUUAUUUUUAUAAAUAAUUAUCUGUUUGAAACCUGUUUGUGAUCAAUAAAUCUUUUACCUGCUUUAGAGCAAAAAGUGUUACUUUGUUACAAUCAUUAUAACCGAUAUUAACAAUAUGCUAAUUAACAUUUCUUUUACAGUUUGACAUUAAAAAAUUACAUGAAACAAAAUUUUCACCUGAUCAAAUCACAGAAAUUGAGGUAAGAAUAGGAAUGAACUAUACACAACAUACAUUUUCCCUUUUAAAUUUUCAGUACAUUUUAAACAUGAGGCACAUCUUUAAAAUUUGCCACCCAUUAUGACAUUCCGAAAUUCCAACUCGAAGGCGUUUUGGUGCUACUUUCUGAUUUUGAUUCACAUAGUUUUGAAUAAGUGAAUUGGUGCGUUAUAAGACUAUAAAAGACCCAUGAGUGUAAAAUAUGUAAAAAAGAUUCAGUCUGAAUCUAAACCUUAAAAAUAUUAUAUCAAUUGCAUUAUUAUAAUUGUUUUGUGUCGUGAAUAAAAGUUUUUUAAUGAAACAUUUUUAAAUUAAUUUAUUAGAAAUUAAUUGUUUAAUACAUUAAUUUGCUAAAAUUACCUAUUAAAUUUAUAAAUUAUUCUAAAUAUCAAUCUUCAAAAUACCUUCUUUUUGUACCAUAUACAAUACUUUCUGAAAUCCUCCAUUUUUUUAAAAGCUCAUAGCUUUAUGAUUAAUUGACAUCUAUACCUGAUGUAUUGUAAAAGCAAGUUUCCAAGAAUCAGUAAACAAAAUCAGACAGCAUUGUGACCUCCUACUUUGAAUUAGCACUAGGUCCUAAUUACAAAAAUCAUAUAUAAAUCUGGUAGUGCAUAGGGACAAGUCUGCCAUAAUUGAUAUCAAUCUGCAGGGCUUUUUUUAACAUUUUUGUUUUAUUUCUGAAUUUUAUUAUCACAUUUCUUUGCCAAAGACUGAAGCAAUCCACUUAAUCACACAUGCCAAAAUGUUGGUGCCUUAUGAUUUUCUCCCUAAAUUCUUUGAUAGGUUGAAGAUGACAAUGACCAGCUGGCUUCAGUGUAUGAGUUGAGUGUAUUUAGACAAGAGGUACUGUUUUAAAUUUUUUUCUUUAGUGGGAUUUUAUUGUUGUUCUUAAGAUAGUGAUUUUAGUAACCAUGAGAUUGUUUUUUUCAAUAAUUCAUCUCUACUGUCAAAUCAUCUGUGUUUAAGCAUUUUUUUUAGUAAAAAAAAAUCAAUCACUUUUUUUUGUGUAAUUGAAAUUUCUAUUUUGUUGUGAACUUUGGCAGGAAAUUCAAAAACUAUUAACAGUUUAAGAUUUGUAUAUAUAAAUAUAUAUUAUCAUGUUAAAGUAAUAUGCCUCAUUAAAGAAAUUAAAUGUUACCAAACGUUCUAAUAUAAUGUAUUAAUGGUUUUUACCUUUAGGAUCUUGAUGUAGUACCUGUGGUCAAGUCAAAGAGGAAGUCUGCUUGUUUAGGUAAUUUGACUGAUUUGAAUGUUAUGAUGUGAAUAUCAUGUUAAAUUUCUGAACUUAAAGUUAUUACCACUGAUUUGCUUAGUCUCUCAAGAAGGGUGAAUGAAUCUACUUCUAAAAUUUCUGAAGUUUAAAAAAAAAACUUAAACAACUCUUAAAAAGAAUUUAAAAAAUCAAUAACACCUUGUUUUAAAUUUAUUCUCAUGCACCUACUCUAAAAGUGGUGCCAGCUAUUUCAAGCACGUUGGUGUUGGUUGUUUAUUUUUAUUUUCCAUCUUAUUUUCAGGACCACCAAUUAGUGGGCUUCUGUGUGUAACCAAGUCCUACAAUGUCAACCCAAGCUCUCUAGAUCACAGCCUGGGGUUAAAUGAAACAAAACCUGUGGAAAUGCCCCCAGGCCUGAAGCAAAGAUACACUCCAUUUGGGUCAGGUAAUUUUCAUGUCAUGAGCUAUAAAACUUCAAGAACACAGUACUUAACAUAUUGAAAAUAUAAGAACACAGUACUAACAUAUUGGAAAAUAUAAGAACACUGUACUUAACAUAUUGAAAAUAUAAGAACACAGUAGUUAACAUAUUGAUAAUAUAAGAACACUGUACUGAACAUGCUGCACCAAAAGUUGUAUUUUAAAUUUUAGUGACAUAAAGGGCCAUAUUGUUUGUUUUUGUUUUGUUUUUUUUUAAAUUUCAUUCAAAAUAGUUUGAGUAGCUUCUUAGAUAGCCCACUUACAGUUGCAGUAGAUAAUAUAAAUAGAUAGGGGAAAUGUUAAAGUUUUAUUCAUAUUUUAAAAUAUUUGCUAAUUAUCCUGGGGGCAUUUCUAUCAUGUUCAAUCCAUUCACCAACCAUAUUGGAAUUGAAACAUAGCUACUUCAUAGAGCAGGAGACUCCUCCCACUAUUAUCUUGUAAGACACAGGGCAUGCACCAGGGGUUCCCCUAUAGAAAUUGAUUCUUAACAGGGCUCUGUGAGUCGUAAGGUUGGAAACCACUGUAUUUUAUAGUUGUAGCAUUUACAUUUUCUACAUACAUCGUUACAUUUCAAUUUUUUUCUAAAAUUAACAAUGUUCAUGUAAGUGAAGUGAAAACCUGUGUAAUUAAAAUGUAAGCAUACAUCACUAAUAAUAUUGCCCCCAAUGCUGACAUUUUGAAAUUUUUUCAUGAUAUGACCCCUGAGUUAGUUCAACAUUUUCAUUAACAUAAACUGAAAAUCUUGACAUGAAUUAAACCAAAAAUUUGACAUGAAUUGAACCAGAAAUUUGACAUAACGCUUAAAAAAAAUACUUGUACAAUUAAAAAUUUCUCCUUAGGUGGUCUUUUCUCCUAUGUUUCAACCUAAAUUUAGUUCAAAACUGAUUCCUUUUGUUUAUCAGGCUAAUACAAUUUUGGACAGAGUUUUAAAAUUUGACUUUGUUUGAAAGAAUCCAAGGUCUCAAAUUUGACAGCAGCCACCUCUGCGUUAUCUUUUUAUUUUUGUGUAUUUUUGUUUUCGGUGUAUGUGUGUGUGACUGAAUGAAACAUGUAUGUGUCUAGAUCAGUGUGCUUGACUUGUAUGUGCAUUUGUGUCUGUGUUAGUAGUUGUAUCUACCUGAAUGAUGGCUGGAUCUGAAGCAUUCUUUUUAUCAUCAUCAUAUGUAUAUUUGUUUGACUGCAGGAUUAAUUUAUCACUCUUUGACCCUUUGAACCCUUGGCUCCUGGACCUAAAAUACUGAUGUCCCUUGGCUCGUGGUCUUAAAAUACUGAUGCUCCUGGUCCUAAAAUACUGAUGCCCCUUGGCUCCUGGUCCUAAAAUACUGAUGCCCCUUGACUCGUGGUCCUAAAAUACUGAUGCUCCUGUAGAAAAUUACCACAAACAAACAGAAAUCACAUGAUUAUAAAAUCAAAUAAAUUUUAUUUAUUUCAAUCUAAAUUUGUCUGUUAGUAGUCCAUAACUACUGUUAAAUGUAUCACAGGGAGAAAAUUGUCAUAUAAUAGGAUAGUAGAAGGUCAUUUAUUUUUUUACACAAAAACCAAGGCUGGUACUAUGGGUAGACAUUGUGUUGUUUCUUUUAUUCGCAAGCACUUAUCAGUAGCAAUAGUAGUUGAAUUAAAUUGAUCGUCACUAUUAUUGUCUAUUUGCUUUAUUAAAAUUAUUCUUUCAAAACAUGAUAAUAAUCCUUUGAAUCAUUUGCAUUAUCAACCAUCAUUAGCAAUUUUUUUAUUUUUUGUCACCUCUAUGCAUUGCAAUACAUUACUAAAACAUAACAAAAUACAAUACAUCAAUAAGCGCUGCAAUUACUGUGACCUUUCAAAAGUGACAUGGUAAACCCUGAACUCUGUAUUACAACACAUUUUCAUAUACCGAUAUGGACUGUCUAGGGUAAGAUAGGGGGAACCGAAAUAUCAGAUAGUUUUUCCUUAUUUAUUACUCAUUUACAUUUAUUUUUUACUCCAGGCAAUCCUGAGCAAUUUUCAACUAAAAAGAAGAAACGCAAGCAUUCCUUGUCUCAAGUUGUUACACCUGAUGGUAAACCCUUGAGGAAGAAGAGAAAAAUCGACAAAACCUCUAAUAUAGAGUUGGGGACCUCACCAAAAACAAGCCAGGUUGACAGCAUUGGGGAUUCUUGCCAAUCGGGUGCAAAACUUUUAAAAAGUACUUCUAAGCGAUACUUUCAUGAAACACCUGUCGCAUGUGAGACUGCUGUGACUAAGAAAGUUAAACAUAAAAAGUUGAAUCAUUCAGUAAAUGAGUUCGACGACAGCCAGACGUGUUCUCCAAAGAAAAGGCAUAAGAAAUCAAAGAAAAGACACUCCAGUGAUUCACUUGUGUUCAUUGACCCAAAAGAAGAUGCUAGUAAAGUUCUUCCUGAUUUACUUGAUGGGCAUGUAGAGGUUUCACAGGAUGAUCCUUCUGUGUCUGGAGAAAUAAAAGAAAUAAGUAAUCAAGUUAAGAGAAAGUUAUCCUCUGGUUAUUAUAGUUUCAGUGCUGAUACUAGCUUAGAUUCUGGUGAAAACAGUGCAUAUUCAAAGGACAGGAAGAAAAAGAGGAAAAGGAAAAAGGAUGAUGGGUAUUGAGAUUUAAUAUCAGAAUCAUGGUACCGUUAUGAGAAUUAAUUAUUGCAUUGACAUGGGCCUUAAAUCAGUUUGUUAUUAGGUUUGAAGCACUUUUUAUUCAAUUUGUCUCUGAUUCAGCAGUUACAGAAUUGUGAUUAAUCCAUUUGAUUUAUUACUCUGGUAACUACUAAAUAUUGUCACUAUAUUUUUAGUGUCUUGCAUUCAGCUAUUUUAAUGUCUAUUUUUUUAAAUUUUACCAAAUCAAAGACAAGAAAGAAAAUGUUUCAAAUGUUGGUAAAAUUUUGUUGACAGUAGUAAUAUAAAAUGUACUUCAACUUUAAUGUCUGGAAACAUUCUGGUUAUGGAAUUUCAGGGGAAAAAAAAUUAAGUUACUUAGAUGAAAUGUGCAUUACCUUUGGAAUUAUAUUUUUUUAUAGUAAUAAUACUAACAGGAGGAUCUUUUGAGUGUCAACUAUUUAUAACAUAGCAGUCUUUAACACAGCAUCUCAUUCAUUGCUUGUGCAUGUAAUUGGAUUUUUCAAGCUAAAAUGGUUUUUAUACCAUUGUUUAAGUUUUAAUGAAGACAUGGAAAAUUGAUUGAUGAAAAUUUAUUUUUGUUAAAAUCAUUUAUUUACUGUAUAAAUAAAUUUGUGUUAUAUUCAAGAACUUGUCAUUACUUCUUAAUUAUUUUUUUUUAAAGUUUUAAUCACAGAAGCAUGUUUACCUAGCUCU